AUGCUGAUGGACGCCUACCGAGACGAAAGCCCCGGGAUCCGCAUCGCCUACAGGACGGACGGCCACCUCCUCACCCGCAGGCGGAUGCACCUUCAGUCGCGUGGACCCAUAACGACAGUCUACGAACUCCUCCUUGCCGACAACUGCGCUCUCAACGGCACGUCGGAACGGGACAUGCAAAGGAGCAUGGACCUCUUCGCCGCCGCCUGCGAGAACCUCGGUCUGAUCAUUAACACGGAGAAUACGGUCGUCAUGCACCAACCGCCACCCAACACUGCCCACAAUGCGCCGCAAAUUUGCAUGAACGGAACCCAACUGCACGUGGUGGACAACUUCACGUAUCUGGGCAGCACUCCCUCCUGCAGCACCAAAAUCGACGACCAAAUUGCCUGCCGUAUUUCCGAAGCCACCCAUGUCUUCGGCCGUCAGCAGAAUAUCGUCUGGAACCGUCACGGUCUUCAGCUCAACACGAUGCUGAAGAUGUACAAGGCAGUCAUCCUGCUUCUUGUCUACAAGAAGCAGGCGUGA